AAGAACGAGCAGUGAAGAAUAACUAUUGUGAAUAAAAAUAAAAAAAAUCAACACUUAAAAACUUUUGGCCGGUGCACAUGCAAAUUCCACACAGGAAAGUCAGGUUUGAAGUUGGGAAUGACAGAUUGGCUAAUUUCCCAAGUUCAAAAAGUCCCCUAUCACAACACAGCAAGAACGUCCACCUUACCUUUAUGAUACUUUGUGGCAUAAAGGUAACCUAACUACAUUUGCAAUCAUAAAUGUAACAAAUAAUGCUACAAUUUUUUUUUUAAUUGGUUUGGCGCAGUUUUCACAAGCAAUUGGUACAUUUUCAAAACUCUUCAUACUUAUAUCACAACAGAUCAUCAAAAGUGCACCUUUUUCAAACAUUUCAGCAUAUUUCCAAUUGUGUUAGUACAAUACACAUAAUGACAAAAUAUCCUUUUCACUACACAAAAUAUGUGUUUCAUCUAAAUAAAUGUUUCAUUCACAGUUACUGCCUUUCAUAAUGUUAUCACUAUAAAAUUUUUGAUUUGCAUCUCUUAUCAUUCAGUUUAAUACAUUUGUCUGUCAUUCAAUUCAACUGAUCUUAAUGUUUAAUCAAUGAAUCAUUCAUUAUGUCCAUGGAUUUCCAACUUGACUGAUUGUUGUCUGGUCAUUUGUAAGUUACACAUUGCUGCAAGAGCUUUCAAUCUAGAAAUACUAAUUGCUAAUCGUUUCCCCCUGAUGAUCACAAUUAGUUACCAUAUAAGUAGAACUGUGUUUGAGACUUUGCACUGUUCAAAUAUGGAGCAGGAUAGACUCGUAGGGAGAGGAAACCUUCAUCGAAGAGGUGGUGGUGCUCCUCGACAGAGAGGUGGGCACAGACAAAGAGAGAGAGGUGGUGGUGCUCCUCGACAGAGAGGUGGGCACAGACAAAGAGGAAGAGGUAGUGGUGCUCCUCGACAGAGAGGUGGUCUUCAGAGAAAUGUAGGCAGAAGACAACGCACCAUCAUCUCUAAUGAAGUCCGGGCCAUCGUUGUUGACCAUGUGGUUAACAGAGGCUUUACCAUGGCUGAGGCUGCCAGGUUGGUACAGCCUAAUUUACAAAGGUCAACUGUCAGCUCUAUCAUCCAAACUUUUCGCCAAGAAAACCGAAUUAACAGGAGACAACCUGGUGGUGGUCGCCCAUGUGUUUUGACUGACCAGCAGGAGUUGGCUGUGGUGGAAAUGGUCAGGGCAAGGAAUGACAUACGGCUGUCUGAAAUCAAACAGGCUAUUGAGAACAGCAAUGACACCUUUGCCAAUGUGCCAUCAAUUAGCCUUCCAACGAUUGCCCGGCUUUUGAAGAAGCACCAGGUUUCCAUGAAACAAAUCUACUUGGUUCCUUUUGAGAGGAACAAUGUCCGGGUGAAACAACUGCGUUCAGAAUAUAUUCAGGUACAACACUAAACUGGCAUGCAAUUACUGUAACAGUACUGACAACUAUUAGUUGUAAAAAAAACUAACUAAACAUUCAUUUUAGAGGGUGAUGGAGCUGGACGCUGGACGCUGCUGUGAAUCAUCACAAGUAUAUUUUCGUUGAUGAGGCCGGUUUCAAUCUGGCAAAAACUAGACGCAGAGGACGUAACCUUAUUGGACAAAGGGCUACCAUCCAAGUCCCUGGACAACGUGGGGGAAACAUCUCAAUGUGUGCAGCUAUAUCUGAAGAUGGUGUGGUAGGCUGUAGACCAGUUCUAGGGUCAUACAACACUGAACACCUGAGUUUUUUUUUUAAAUGAACUGGAGCAGGCCUGUCAGGGAGAAGACAUCGUCUAUGUUGUUGUGUGGGACAAUGUCAGCUUCCACCAUGCACAGCUGGUUCAGGAAUGGUUUCAAACACAUCCUCGCUUCAUGACCCUCUAUCUUCCACCAUAUUCCCCUUUCCUCAACCCAAUUGAGGAAUUCUUCUCUACAUGGAGGUGGAAGGUGUAUGAUCGCCAUCCCCAUGAGCAUGUCUCCCUUCUGCAAGCCAUGUGUGAAGCUUGUGGUGAUAACUGCUGAGAAAUGUCAAGCCUGGAUUCGUCAUGCCGGGAGAUUUUUCCCACGGUGCCUGAACAACGAAGACAUCCACUGUGAUGUUGAUGAAAAUUUAUGGCCCAAUGUUUAUUAUUUAUGGCCCAAUGACCAGCUUGAUUAAUUGUGUAAAAGUGAUAAGAAUAAAAUAAAA